AUGAAGCCCGUCCAUCCUGUGGCUCCUGCAGGCAGAAAGGAAGCCAUUGCAAAUACCGCGAUCCCAAUAAACCUUCUGAAAAAGGUCGCCUGCCACGUAAUAUUUGGCAUACAGAAGUUAGAAUCAAAUACAGUCGAUGGAGCAACAAGAACAACUGAAAGUGAUGGAGACUUGUCGAUUCCAGUAGAGCAUUGUACAGCUGCCCAGAACUUAUUAUCAUGGUCCUCUAUUCAACGGUUACUGAGACAACCGGACUUUGAUAUUGAUUAUGUGAUGGGACUUGAGGAGGGCCGCGGCGUUAUCCGAAUCUAUGGCCAUGGCGAAGGAAAGGAUGAUGGCGGCUCCCACUGGGGUGAUGGCCUCCCCAUAUCCCCACCCACCAACGAAGUGAUGGAGAGAAGAGUGGAUGGGAUUGAUAAAUAUGGAGCGCUGGACACGUGUCAUAACACCUUGUGGCAAUAUCUAUCCUUACAUCCAAUUCUUGACAAAUUUGCUCUGGAGCAAAAAAUCAUGAAUUUCAGCAAUCAGUACUCAAACUCAAACCGCCGAAUCGAUCGUUCCAUUGAUAACGCAGUUAUUCUCCUAGUUGUUGCUUUGGGUGCCAUCUGUGAAUGCAAAGAUCGGAUCCCACCUCUAGCAACGGUUGAGGAUGCCGCACGGAACGUGCAUGUAAUUCCAGGCUUAGCUUAUUACGCACACGCGACAGAUAUUUUGGGUAAUAUGCAGGGAGGGACCAGCCUUUCAAAUGUACAAGCUGCUCUUCUUGCGGGGUUGUAUAUGGGUCAGUUGGUACAUCCGUUCCAGAGUCAUGGCUGGAUAUCUCAGGCAGCUACAGCAUGCCAGACCUUGGUUCAUCGGAGAAAUUACAGUAUUUUGCAAGAUAGCCGAAUGAAAGACCUUUGUAGCGCUGCCUAUUGGGCCUGUCUGCAACAUGAAAGCGAUAUACUUGCCGAGCUAGACCUUCCUCCUAGUGGGAUAUCCCGAGCUGAAGAUCGAAUUGACCUCCCCAAAGGCCUUUAUUACGAGGGGGAUACUCGUAUAAUGCUGUUCUAUUCAGCACAGAUCCAUCUGCGCAAGGUCUUGAACCAAGUCCAUACUAAUCUUUACCAGACAUCUAACUGUAAGAAAUUGUUGACGCCUCAUAAUGUACUUCAAGUACUUGGAAAUAGCCUCGAUCUAUGGCGGAAAAAUCUGCCCUGUGAAAUGCAAUGGAAUGAUAACGAUGAACCCUCGUCAGAUAUUAAUACAGCUCAACUGCGGGCUAAAUACUAUGGAGCGCGAUACAUUAUCUACCGUCCUUUACUACGUUAUGCGCUAGAUUUAGGACAAACUUUAAAAAGUAUUGACACUACGGUUUCUUGGGGGGUUCUUCUACAAAUAGUUCAAAACGCCUGUGAAAUAUGCAUCAGUGCAGCCAUAAGAAGCACGCGAGUAUUUCAUAAUAUUCAAGAGAGACCAAUCAUCACUAACAUUUUUGGUACCGCUCAUGCACAAUUUGGCAAUAUACUUGUCUUAUCAACGACAUAUGCGUCUUAUAUGCGCCAUCUAGUAGAGCGUAGUGAGCUAGAAAGCCUGCUUAAACGGACCGUCGCAUUUUUGGAGGAUUACAAGCAUCUCUCACCAAUGCUGUCAGCCGAUGCGGAGAUCCUUAACAAAAUCUACCCUAGGAUAUUUUGUGAAUAA